CCCCGCCAGGCCUGGGGGCCGGCGAGGCACGCAGCGCCGGGAUGGGCCUCAGUCCCGCCGCCGGGAGGGAGUGCAGGCUCCGCCUCCCUAGGUUCCUGCCAUCCCGCCCCCACACCAACAGCAUUUUUCCAACCCUUUAAGAGUAUGUGGGAUCUCAGGCGUUGAUCAAGCUCCCGCCCAAGCAGCCUCAGCCAGGGAUGUUAGAACAGGGCAGAAGCGUCCAGCAGGGGGAGAAGCCUUUAGUUAACUUGGAGAAUUUGGAGACCACAUCCAGCCAGAAGAGAGCAGAACUGAAUUUAACACCCACUCCUGAGAGUGAAGGCAAGUUAAUAAAGCAAACAACUGAGGGCAAAGCAAGACCCAGACCUGGAGACCUGAUUGAGAUUUUUCGUAUUGGCUAUGAGCACUGGGCCAUCUAUGUGGAAAAUGAUUGCGUGGUCCAUCUGGCUCCCCCAAGUGAGAAGUUUCUCCAGGUGAGCAGCAUCACCUCCAUCUUCAGGAACCAGGCCGUGGUGAAAUACAGUCGCCUGGAGGAUGUGCUUCAUGGCUGCUCCUGGAAGGUCAACAACAAGCUAGAUGGGACGUACCUGCCCCUGCCCGUGGACAAGAUCAUCCAGCGCACAAAAAAGAUGGUUAACCAGAUUGUGCAGUACAGCCUGAUCGAGGGCAACUGCGAACACUUUGUCAACAGCCUCAGAUAUGGGGUGGCCCGGAGCCAGCAGGUCGAGCAUGCCCUGAUGGAAGGAGUGAAGGCUGCAGGAGCAGUCAUCUCAGCUGUAGUGGAUAACAUAAAGCCCAAACCAGUAACUGCCUAAUGGUGAUGAAAACUCCCAGAAGAGGAAGAACAACCUACAUUAGCAAAGAGAAUAUGGCUCCUCCUCUCUCCUUGCCUUCCUCUUUCUGUGACUGUCAUUAAGAAAAUUGUGAGCUUGUGGAAUAAUCUAGAAUGUAUCCAAUUACUCCUCCAAAAAUAUACCUAAUAUACAUGAUCAUAGGGCCA